AUGGCUGAAACCGGAGUUCCUGCAAUGGCAACAGCAGCAGCGUUUAGGGCGGAAGAAGAAAGAGUUGGAUUCACAACGAAUUCGCCAAAGCAAGACCGUAUGAAAGAACGACACAAGCAAAGUCCAAUAAAUAUAACCAAAGGAGCAGUGGAUCACGACAGCAACUUAAAAGCAUCCCAUCUGAAGUUUUCUUACACCAUGGGUGAUAUCAAAACAGUGGAGGUAAUUCUCACUGCUCCUCAUCUUCCGGGCACUUAUGAACUCUGGGAGUUGCAUGCUCAUUGGGGACCGGAUAAAAAUGCGGGCAGUGAACAUUUAUUGGAAGGAAAAGCAUUUCCCGCUGAG